AUGAAAAACCGAUUGGACAGCAGCGAAGCGAUAAAGCGAGAACAACGCCUGUAUUUGCAAAUGUUAGGACUAUUCGUCGCAUUCGCUCUCGUGUUCGUCUACAAUAUUCUACAGUUCACAUUUUCGCUUCAUACAAAUGAAGGUCCGAUAUUUGCGAUGAGGACAUUAUUUCCGGUUAUCAGUUGCUUCUUUUCGUACGUGAACGCAUGGAUGACUCUUAUUCUGAAUGGUGACAUUCGGAAAAAAAUUCUUAUCCUGCUAGGAUGUCGCCCGACAAAUGUCAAUGUGAGUCAAUUGCAAUCACUAACGAUUACUCUUUACUCGCUACCAGGAAAACCAUUUACCACCUGGAAUGUUGCUCAACUGAUUGAGCUCAAGCCAUGGAAACAAGAAAACUAA